UGCACACUCGCAGCUCGCACAUCUCAUGGUGUCCCAAGCACAGCAAGAGCCAGCUCUGCCUCACAGCAGCAGCACCGCCAAGCGCGCAGCCGCGUCACUCAUGGACGCCCGCCCGGCCCAGCCUCUCCUCCUCCGCGCCCCGACUCCCAGCAUUGACCUCCCCGCGUCCAAGCCGGACAGGGCCGCCGCGGCGGCCGGCAAGGCCGCCGCCGCCUCCGUGUUCGACCUGCGGCGGGAGCCCAAGAUCCCGGCGCCAUUCGUGUGGCCGCACGACGACGCGCGGCCGGCGUCGGCGGCGGAGCUGGACGUGCCGUUGGUGGACGUGGGCGUGCUGCGCAAUGGCGACCGCGCGGGGCUGCGGCGCGCUGCGGCGCAGGUGGCCGCGGCGUGCGCGACGCACGGGUUCUUCCAGGUGUGCGGGCACGGCGUGGGCGCGGACCUGGCGCGCGCGGCGCUGGACGGCGCCAGUGACUUCUUCCGGCUGCCGCUGGCGGAGAAGCAGCGCGCCCGGCGCGUCCCGGGGACCGUGUCCGGGUACACGAGCGCGCACGCCGACCGGUUCGCGUCCAAGCUCCCCUGGAAGGAGACCCUCUCCUUCGGGUUCCACGACGGCGCCGCGUCGCCCGUCGUCGUCGACUACUUCGCCGGCACCCUCGGGCAGGACUUCGAGGCAGUGGGGCGGGUGUACCAGAGGUACUGCGAGGAGAUGAAGGCUCUGUCGCUGACGAUCAUGGAGCUCCUGGAGCUGAGCCUGGGCGUGGAGCGCGGCUACUACCGCGACUUCUUCGAGGACAGCCGCUCCAUCAUGCGGUGCAACUACUACCCGCCGUGCCCGGAGCCGGAGCGCACGCUGGGCACGGGCCCGCACUGCGACCCCACCGCGCUGACCAUCCUCCUCCAGGACGACGUCGGCGGGCUCGAGGUCCUCGUCGACGGCGACUGGCGCCCCGUCCGCCCCGUCCCCGGCGCCAUGGUCAUCAACAUCGGCGACACCUUCAUGGCUCUGUCCAACGGGCGGUACAAGAGCUGCCUGCACCGGGCGGUGGUGAACCAGCGGCAGGAGCGGCGGUCGCUGGCCUUCUUCCUGUGCCCGCGCGAGGACCGGGUGGUGCGCCCGCCGGCCAGCGGCGCCGUCGGCGAGGCGCCCCGCCGCUACCCGGACUUCACCUGGGCCGACCUCAUGCGCUUCACGCAGCGCCACUACCGCGCCGACACCCGCACGCUGGACGCCUUCACACGCUGGCUCUCCCACGGCCCGGCCCAGGACGCGCCAGUGGCGGCGGCGGCUUCCACCUAGCUAGCGGCGCGGAUCCGACCGAGCCCAUUGACGACGCCGUCCCUUUCCGCCGCCGCCGGGGCCCGCGCGGGGGUUCACCCCACGUGCGCGCCCAGGUGGGCGAGGUGGCGGCCUCGUGGCCCGCGGGCCCCGCGCCGCCUUCCCAUUUUUGGGCGCUGCCGCCCCGCGCGCAUGCCGGAUGCGUGCGUCCACGGCCUACUGCUGCUACUAGUGUACAUAUACAAACAUACAUAUAUACGUAGUAUAAAUAUAUAAGCAAGCGGCCCGGUGCCCCUUUUCGUUUUCUUGUUUUGUCGAUCACAAUCUCUGGAUUCGAUGGAUGGAUAAAUGUUUGUACGCAUGC